AUGUCGUCGAGCACACCACUGAUCUCCUCCACGUUGCUUCCCCUGCUCCUAUUCCUGCUGUCCGGCUUCACCGCCCCUUCCUCCGCCGCGGACUGCGACCCCGCGGACCGCGCGGCGCUGCUGCGGGUCAAGGCGCAGCUGGGCAACCCGGCCCGGCUCUCGGCGUGGCAUCCGUCGUCCCCCAACUGCUGCGCGUGGGACCCCGCCGUGGUCUGCGGCGGCGCGGGCGGCCGCGUCACGGCGCUGGCGCUCUACUCCCUCCCCGACGUCUCGGCGCGCGUGCCGCCGGCGCUCGGCGAGCUCGCCGCGCUCGAGAUCCUCCAGGUCGGCUCCGUCCCGGGCCUCUCGGGCCCCGUCCCGGCCUCCUUCGCCAACCUCACGCGCCUCCGCGACCUCGACGUCAACGGCACCUCCAUCUCCGGGCCGGUCCCGGCCGCCCUCCUCGCCGGCGCCGCCAACCUCAGCACGCUCGUCAUCGCCAACAGCAAGCUCGCGGGGCCCAUCCCGGCGUCCCUCGCGUCCCUGCCCAGCCUCCGGUACCUGGACCUCAGCGGCAACCUGCUCACCGGCGCCAUCCCGCCGGGGCUGCUGCACGGGAGCUUCAGGUUCCUGCUCCUCUCCAACAACCGCCUCACGGGGGAGAUCCCCGCCGACGUCGGCGGCGGCGACGUCGACACCGUCGACGUCUCGCGCAACCAGCUCACGGGCGACCCGUCGCCGUUCCUGUUCGGCAUCACGAGGCCGGCGGCCAAGAUCGACCUGUCGUGGAACGCGCUCGAGUUCGACAUGACGGGGGUGAGGUUCCCGCACCACCUCAGGUUCCUGGACCUGAGCCACAACCGGAUCACGGGGAGGGUGGCCAAGUCGCUCAUGGACGUGAGGCUGGAGCACUUCGACGUCAGCUACAACGAGCUCUGCGGCGAGAUCCCGGCGGGGAGGUUCAUGUCGGCGCACGGGGCCGAGUGCUACGCGCACAACAGGUGCCUGUGCGGCGCGCCGCUCCCUCCCUGCAGCACGGGCAUGUAGGGGACGAUAGUUCCUAGCUCAGGUUUAAUUUCUGCAGGGUUUUCGUCAGUAAAAUAAAACCCGGAGUAUGUUGGCCGAAGAAAUUGGUAGUGCAAUCUUUCCCUCGAUGUUUCUAA